AUGACCUCCACGUUUGUCACAUCCGCUGGUGCUGUCGGUGCUGUCGGUGCUGCCGUCACGUCUGUCCCGUCUGCUGGGCCUGACGGAUCGCCAUCAAAUGACAACAACGGGCGCCGUUAUCCACAGUCGGAAACUGACGGCCUCCACCAAUCUCAACCUCCCAUCUCGGCCUCCUUUUCGUCCCUCUCUCCUUCUGCUAUCGACCACAAUGGCGAUCGGCCCGUCACCAUCUUGACCUUUGCCGACCUCAGCCACCACCGAUCCGACGACGACCGUCCCGGCUCGAGCAAUCCCAUCCCGUCUCCCUUCCUGCCCUCCUCCCCUUUGGGCCAGCUGCCACCCCUGAUCACGCAAACGCAGACGCCCUCCCCGUCGCCCUCACCGUCGCGGCUCUCGCAGUACAGCGGCUUCGGCUACGAUCCCAUUGGCCUCUCCCCUGUCACCGGCCACAGCGACCGACCAGACCGAGCCGACCCCAUCCACCUCAUCCCCUCGCCCGCCUCCUCCUCCUCGUCUACUCCCAUCCACCAACCCCAGCCCCGAAAGCCAUCGCCCGGCCUGGCCGCCCGGCUGAAAGCCCUGGGCUUUGGCACCACCUCCACCAAGGCCUCGUCGCCCGCCUUGCCUCCACAGCCUGAGCACAUCGGCCGCCUCCCCGAAGACCGGCUACGAAAGCUCGACCAGAAGCACCAGGCCGGCUCCGUCGUCCCCGUCAUUGAACGGCGCGGCCGUCCCUGGAAGGGCGCUGGUGCCGCUGUCGCCCGCUUUGCCAAGGGACGCCACAAGCAGCCAACCGCCGACGUCGACACCGACCGCAACCUCUAUCCGAGCGACGACGACUCUUCCUCUAUGCUUCUUCCCGAGAUCGACACCGUCCCGCCCCUGGAGAUGGAGAUGGACACAAACAAGUACCGCUUGCCAGACCAUACAAACGAAAAUGGCACCAAAGUACAGCUAGAUACCCGCCAGCAGCAUCUUGAUCGGGACAUUCAGCCUGUCCACGAGUUCGCACACAACCCAGCAGCUGAACCCCCUGAACCGCCUGAGCCUCCCGAAUCUCCUGAAUCUCCUGACUCUCCUGAAUCUCUUGCAUCGCCCAAAGUCCCUCCCCCUCUUCCGAAAAAAAGCCCUCCUCCGCCACCAUCCACGCCCCCACAGACGGACUUCAGCUCAGAUGUAACCUCUUACUUCAACCCGCUGGGCCUACAACGCGCCGGUUCUAUCUACACAUUAUCGCGCGUGUCCUUCGCUAACCAGCUGGCCCAGCUGACAUCCCUCCAACUGCCUGAUGCCGAGUCGCUCUCCAGCAAGGUCGCCGCCAUCCCGACGGCCCAGGCGGCUACGCGUGCCCUGAUCGGUGCUGCCGAGCAGAUCCGGAACUGGGUGUCCAAGGCUUCUGAGGUCAUCGAUGGCCUAGACAGCGACGAUGACGUGGAAUGGGCGGCAGCCGGUGGCCGCGAGGGCUUGGAGGAGGUCGAACAUGCCAUUGUCCGGUUCGAGGAGCUAAUCAAUAUAUACGUCGGGGCCAUUGAGCAGCUGCAGAACCGUCCGGACAUUGCCAGCGUGAGUGCCGACGACCUCCAUCGUGCCGUCAUCCAGAUGGAGUCCAUCAUGGACGAGUGGCAGAAGAUGCGCAAGACCCUGCAGAGCGUCAAGGCCCAGGUUGAGAUUGCGAUGGAGUGGGAGGAGCUCUGGAGCAUGGUGCUGGGCGACAUCCAAAACGAGAUGGAGGAGCUUAGCCGGCUUGUCUUUGAGAUGGAGGAGCGUCGCCACAAGUCCAUCCUGGCCAACGGGGCCGCCGCCGAGGACACGGAGGACACAGAGGGUGCCGAUGGCGCUGAUGGUGCCGAUGGCGCAGACGGUGCUGACGCUGCCGGCGUCGAUAUUGGCGACCUCGAAACGAUCGUGGAAGAGACAAAGGAGCAGCAGCAGCAGCAGCCGAACGCGCCGACUCGCGUGCCCGCCUCGUCUGGCAACAACCGCUACAGCAUUCCGGUUUUCCCGCCCAGCGCCAACCCGCCUGAGGGGGGAGCCAGCACAACCCCCGGCAUAUCCCUGGACGACUCCAGCCUCCUGGCACUGUUUGCUCGCAUGCAGCCGCUCCGUGCAUCACUGGACUUUCUGCCGAUGCGGCUGUGCGUGUUCGAAGCCCGGGCGUCGUCGUGCUUUCCAACGGCCUGUGAGGAGCUCGAGAUGCGGCGAUGCGGCCUCGAUGGCAGCUACAGGAAGCUCGAGAAAGAUGCCGAGUCACUGCGGAAGGAGCUUGGCGAGGACCGCUGGGUGGCUGUGUUCCGGGGAGCGGCGCGGCAGGCGCAGAAGAUGUACGAGUCGGUAGAGCGCAGUGUGGCCAAGCUGAGGGAGGCUCUGGAUGCCGGCCUGCACCUGACGAACCAGCCGCUGAUGGCGAAGAAGACGGAGAGCUACGAGACCAAGAAGGUGCAUUACGGCCCGGCUAUUGAGCGGGUCCUGGCGAUCAUUGACAAGGGCAUCAAGGACCGUCUGACGCUCAACGGCGAGAUCCUGCGGCUGCACGCCGAGCUGCAGGCCAAGUGGGACGAGCUCCGGGACCGCAUGCACGACGUGGACAUGGGCCUCGAGGACGUGCAGGCCGAGCAGGCGAGCCAGCAGCUGCGCGACUCCAUCUCGAGCAUGCUGUCAAACGACCAGUCGACGGGCGGGAGCGGACGCGAUACACCGCAGAGCUCGCCGCCCUCAUCCGUGAUCAUGUCGUCGCUGGGCCUAGACAAGGGCCAGAGGGCCUCUGGCGGUGGAAAGGCCGACAACAAGGGCACCCCGACAAAAAUGAAGCGCCGGUCAGUCAUGGGCAACAGUCAGCUGCCACAGCUUGCCAGCCGGCGGAGCAUCUGCUCGACAGCCGCGGCUGCUGCUCAGGCGCGAAAGCCGCUGCGCUUUUCCAACUACAUGCCUCCUGGCAGCCCUGGUUUACUGUCUCCGAGUCGCGAAGGUUCGGUGACCCCGGUCCACGGACAGCGGUCAGCACCGACACCGAAAGCAAAAGCGAAACCAGCACGGCCGACACCACCGCCAGACACACGUCCUAGAUGGAACAGCUCGACUGUCGGCAUCGACACCGGUCACAACUUUAAGCCGCUCAGCCUGACGACGCCGAGUCCGUAUGCCAAGACACCCACUCUCCGCCGGACACCGUCAAUGACAAGCACGUCCGGCUCUGGGGCGAGGGGCAUGACGAGGCUGCCCACACCAAGUCCGCUUGGCCGCAACGCGUCUUCACCAGCCCCGCCAAGCUCUCCUUCUCACAGCCGGCCGGGGACCAGUGGAACGCCGUUCCGUCCUCGUCUGAGCUCACACUCUUCGCAGUCGGGUGCGAACAACCGGCGCGCAUCGAUGCAGCCGGCCUGGAGCAUGGAGACGUCGCCAAAUGGGCCACCACGGUCUGCAAGCUCCCUGGCCAUGUCUCGCCGGAGCGGCCUCUACCCCGGUGUCUGGGUGAGUGGAGAAGGAGGCAACGCCCUGGACGGCAUCUCCGGUCGUGAUUCGCCACAGACGAGGCGGAACAACUCGGCCAGUGAGCAACAAAAAAAGACGGAGCGGCCCAGGUGGAGGCCUUGA